CAAAUGUCAAUAAUUUGGAGGGAAACAAGAAGAUCUAAUAAAUGUUAUUUAUCUCAAGAAAUAUGGCCUAAAGUAUGAUGACAAUAUAAUUUAUGUGUGCUGUGUGCAAACUGACUUGUGUCUUAAUAAAAUUAAAAGUUUUAAAUGGGUAUUACGGGGCUUUUGCCUUUUUUGGCAGAGGCGACAGAAAAUACACAUAUUUCAAAAUUUCGUGGUGGAACAGUGGCUGUUGAUACCUAUUGUUGGCUUCAUAAGGGGGCCAAUGCAUGUGCAGAACAAUUAGCUAGAGGAGAUGACACUGAUGUAUAUGUAAACUAUUGCUUGAAGUACGUUAAAAUGCUUUUAAGCUAUGACAUACACGUUAUCAUGGUUUUUGAUGGUAAAAAUCUACCAGCGAAGGCUGAAACAGAGGUUAAAAGAAGGGAGCAACGUCAAAAAGCCAAACAAAGAGCAAUCGAACUGAUGAGACUUGGUAAAACUGAAGAGGCAAGAAAUGUGUUGAAACAAGCCAUUGAUAUAACCCCACAAAUGGCUCACAAGUUAAUUGAAGCAUGCCGUAAAUUAAAUGUAGACUGCAUUGUUGCCCCUUACGAAUCAGAUGCUCAAUUGGCAUUCUUCAGUAUUAACGAUAUAGCUGACUGUAUUAUAACCGAGGAUUCAGAUUUAAUUCUGUUUGGUUGCAAGAAAGUUAUGUAUAAAAUGGACCUUACUGGUGCAGGGCAGCUGGUUUCCGCCCAUAAAAUUAACACUGCCAUGAAGUUGAGACCUGAUGUUUAUAGUUUCGAUAAAUUUCGCUUUAUGUGUAUUCUAUCAGGCUGUGAUUACCUAAGUUCCUUGCAUGGAAUCGGGCUCAAAAAAGCCCUGAAAUUCUUUACAUUGACUGCUGAAAGUGACCCACUUAAGUUUUUAGAUAGAGUCCCUAGAUAUUUAAACAUGAGGCACUUGGAAGUAACUGAAGAGUACAAAGAAAGCUUUAUGAUUGCCUGUGCUACAUUUAGGCACCAGACAGUGUUUGACCCAUUUAAAAAGGUUCUGGUUUCUUUGACGGACCCAGCAGAUGCUGGUACAGAUCCAAAACAUUGCAAAAAUGCUGGGGAAAAAUAUGACAAUAAAAGAGCUCUAAAAGUGGCCCUGGGCAAUAUGCACCCAUCAAAAGAUGAAGUCUAUGGAAAUUGGUAUCCUCCAGAAAGUUUAAUGCCUUCAAGAAGUAUUUGGUCAAAUAUGUAUCGCAAAAAAGUUGAGAAAAUUGAUGGUAAACCGAAAGAAGUGGCGCAAUUUUCAGGGCUCAAAACUUAUAAACAGAAAGCCGAAAUAGUUUCAACAUCUUUGAACGACAAUUUGCAAGAUGAUGAUGAUCUUAUUUCCACUUACAGAAAAAAGGAUCUAAUUGCUAAAAAAGCAGAAUCGCCAGAAAAGGAGAACAUUGUAAAAGAGAAAUGUGAAGCAAAGGAUACGAAAAAAAAUCCAUUUGUCAAGUUGAGCAAGUUUAACAAAUCCACAGAAGCUCCAAGUGAGAAUGUUUUAACAAAAAGCCGAUAUUUUUACACUCCUGAAGCAGGGGAAAGCAAUUCUCAAAAAACUCCAGAUUCUCAAAAUACUCAAGAUUCCCAAAAAACUCAAGACUCUCAAUCAAGCAUUACUUCAAAAAUCUCACAUUUGGACAUUGAAGCGUCAUCUUCAAAAAAAAGGACUCUUGAAGACAAUACAAACACUAAUCUUGAUGUCAGUAUUGAUUUAACUGACAAAUCUGAUGAAGAAAAUCUCCCAGCACCAAAACAAGAAAAGAAAAAAAUCAAAUAUGGUCCUUGUAGAAGUGUUGGGCUAAAAAAACAAAAAUCUCUCAACUUCUUUUUUAAUAAAAUGACAAAGAAUGAUAAGUAAUAAAUAGUUCACUUUAAGUACUGUGAUAUCUUUGGUUUUCCAUUUUUG